ACUGUCAAGGAAGGUUGUCACUUUAGCACAUGCACGCAUUUUUCGGUCGGAGCGCGAGUCAGUCGUCGAUUUUUUGUGGUAAAAGCACCCUUCUUUCGUGAACUGUAUCCUGGACUAGACUGUGAGGUAUAAAAACGAACGCAAAAUCUAAUUUUUCACCGGGAAAAAUGGCGGCGGUCGAAACAAAGCCCGUUGAAGUGCAGGACAAUCUGGUCAACGACGAAGAAAAGGAGGAAAUCAACGAUGAAAAUGUGGACGAAAACGUUUCAGACGAGAAGAAGAAAAAGAAGAAGCCGAAAAAGCCAAAGAAGACCGCUGCUGAGAAAGCUGAGGCUGCAGCCCUAAGAGAAGCUGCAGCGGAAAAGGAAGCGGCUGAGAAAGCCGCCAAAGAAGCGGAGAAAGCAGCUGCAAAGGAAGCCGGAAAGCUCAAGAAACAGCAACAGAAAGUGGAAAAACCACCAGUUAACGAGGAUGAUGAUGACGAUGACGACGAAGGUGCUCCGGGAGAGGGAGGAGCCGAUGCUGCUAAGAAAAAGAAAAAGAAGCGCAACAAGAAGAAAGGUGCUGGCGGAAAAUUAGUGGCCCCAUCCGUUCCCAUUGUAGAACAGUUCAAGGAUGGUAAAUUCCCCGAAGGUGAAAUUAUGCAGUAUCCAGAUUCUACAACAGCGAAAGAUCGCUUCACUAGCGAGGAAAAGCGCGCCUUGGAUCGGAUGCAUUUGGACAUCUAUAAUGAGCUCCGUCUUGCUGCUGAAGCUCACCGUCAGACAAGGCAGUAUAUGCAGAAGUGGAUCAAACCCGGCAUGACGAUGAUCGAAAUCUGCGAGGAAUUGGAGACCACCGCUCGAAGACUGAUUGGGGAAAAGGGACUAGAGGCUGGAUUGGCCUUCCCAACGGGCUGUUCGAGGAAUCAUUGCGCUGCCCAUUAUACCCCAAACGCUGGAGAUCCAACUGUGCUGGAGUACGAUGAUGUGACGAAGAUUGAUUUCGGAACUCACAUCAAGGGCCGCAUCAUCGAUUGUGCAUUCACACUGUCGUUCAAUCCGAAGUAUGACAAACUGUUGGAGGCUGUCAAGGAUGCCACCAAUACCGGAAUUCGAGAAGCUGGUAUCGAUGUUAGGCUAUGCGACAUCGGAGCCGCCAUUCAGGAAGUCAUGGAAUCAUAUGAAGUCGAAUUGGACGGUAAAACGUAUCAAGUUAAGAGUAUCCGCAACUUGAAUGGCCAUUCGAUUAGUCCAUAUCGUAUCCACUCCGGUAAGACGGUUCCAAUCGUGAAGGGUGGCGAAACGACUCGAAUGGAGGAAAACGAAUUCUACGCCAUUGAAACGUUCGGCUCAACUGGCCGUGGUAUGGUCCAUGAUGAUAUGGAUUGUUCGCACUAUAUGAAAAAUUUCGACGCGCCAUUCGUCCCGAUGCGUUUGCAGUCUUCGAAACAGCUGCUUGGGCUGAUCAACAAGAACUUUGGCACGCUGGCCUUCUGCAAACGUUGGUUGGAUCGGGCUGGAGCCACCAAGUACCAGAUGGCCCUGAAGGAUCUCUGCGAUAAGGGAGUCGUCGAGGCCUAUCCGCCACUGUGCGACGUGAAAGGAUGCUACACUGCACAGUACGAGCACACGAUCAUGUUGCGUCCCACUUGCAAGGAAGUUGUUUCACGCGGUGACGAUUACUAGACGACUGAUCUAGAGGACUGCUAAUCGGUGGCCCAGUGAAUUUUGAGGGGUUCAUCGAAUAAAUGGACCGUUUGCCUCGAUUUGGUACAUUGAAACAAGUUAGUAAGUAUGCGUUUGUAAUUGUUUCGUUUUCUAAGUUGAAAUCGUGUAUCAAUCCGGAGGGUUCAAUUGUAACGGAAAUAAAAUUUAUUAUUGAAUAUACAACUAGUUUACGCGUUGAUACAGUA